AUGCAUACCGAGGCUCCCGAUCUCCCUAAGCUAGUCCUCAGGGGCACCCCUAAAGAGAUUGGUCUCCAGCAUGGUUACCGCCUGCAGCAGCAAAUUAAGUCCCAAAUAGGACUCUACGAAGAGAUGUUUCAGUACACUAGCAAAAUGGACUGGCCCACUGUCCUCCAGCUGGCGGAGGAAUUCCGAGCCUCCCUGGAGCGCAAAACGCCUAGUUUAUACGCCGAGAUGCAGGGCAUAGCGGAAGGCGCAGGAGUAGACAUCCUGGAUAUCAUAGCAUUGAACUGUCGGAGUGAAAUAUCGCUUGGGAGCUUUUCAGAUGGAUGUACGAGUCUUUCGUGGAAAAAGAACGACAACGCACGAGUUUUGGCACAGAACUGGGAUUGGACCAGCAGCAUCCAGAAGAACCUAGCGUUGAUGGAUAUUGAAAUCUCGGGGAAGCCGAGGAUCUGCAUGGUCGCAGAGGCAGGUAUCAUAGGGAAGAUUGGGUUCAAUAGUGCUGGCGUCGGAACCUGCCUGAACGCUAUAAAAGCUCGACCUUGCAUUACCUCCAAAGUCCCGAUUCAUGUAGCUCUCCGCUUAUGCUUAGAAAGCACAUCGGUUGAGAAUGCAUUACAGACUCUCUCAUCUCUGGGGGGUGUAGCUUCGAGCCAACAUAUCCUAAUCGCCGAUAGCACAACAUCCCUUGGUUUGGAGCUCUCGCCCUUGGGAGACCUACACUUGAAGGAGGAUGAGAAUGGUGUGAUAACGCAUACCAAUCAUUUUAUCGAGAACAAGAAUGUGACGGAGCCCUCAUGGAUAAAGGGCUCGCCGGCUCGUUUAGAGCGAGCUCAACAGCUCGUCCGCGAGCUGGUCAACAAUGGCAUUCAGGGCGACUCGAUCACACCGAGCUUACUACGGGAGCAGGUUUUCUCCGAUACCUGCAAUGCGCCACAAUCCAUAUGUUCCCAGGAGGACCCGAGUAGUCAUCCCACAAGGCGCACUUCUACAUUGUUUAACAUUGUGAUGAAUCUGGACAAGCAGGAUCUUGGGGCGGAAGUUGUUGUUGGUCAACCGGGAUCUGGCAAGGAAAGUCCCGUAAUCAAGAUGCCUUGGAUGUAA